AUGGUAUUGACACCCUUUGAGGUUGCACAGGCAGAUGGACAGUUCGACUUGUUGCUAGUGGACGAAACUCAUCGACUUAACCAACGCGCGAAUCAACCCUCCGGGGUGCUCAACGCCAAGGUCAGAGACAUCACAAUUAACCUCUUUGGCAGCGAUGAUACCAGCAAAACCCAGCUCGACUGGAUCCAGGCGAAGAGUCAACAUCAGAUCUUUCUGCUGGAUGCCGCGCAGAGCGUGCGGCCAGCAGACCUUCCCACAGAAGUUCUAUCGAUGCUCGCGGCCGAGGCUCUUGAGUCGGGAAGAUACUUUCAGCUCCAGACUCAGAUGCGGGUCAAAGCGGGAUCGUUCUUUAUAUCCUACAUUCGAGGAAUCCUCAAUCCCAAUCGCCUCUUAGUUCCUCACGUCAUGCCAAACUUCGGUGACUAUGACUUCCGCGCGUUCGACAACGUCGAAGACAUGCGCGACGAGAUCUUCCGCCGCGACGCCGAAGCCGGCCUUUCACGCCUAGUCGCCGGCUAUGCCUGGGAGUGGACGAAAAAAGACAAGAACGCCUUGGACAUCACGAUCGGCCAGACGCGGUUGAAGUGGAACACGACCUCCACCGACUGGAUCGCGUCGGAGAAGUCUCUCGAAGAGGUGGGCUCGAUCCACACGGUUCAGGGCUACGAUCUGAACUACGUUGGUGUCAUCAUUGGUCUCGAUCUGCGCUACAGUCCAGAGCAGCAGCGCCUCUGGGUCAGUCGCGCUUCGUACUUUGAUAAGAAGGGAAAGGAGCAGAAUCGGAAGCUUGGGCGGAGCUACUCGGAUGACGACCUGCUGCGCUUCAUCACACAGAUCUAUGCGGUGCUUUUGACGCGUGGCAUCCGCGGCACUUAUGUCUAUGCCUGUGACCCCGAUCUGAGGGACUACCUCAAAGGCUUCAUCCCGUCUAGUCCUCAUAGGCACGUGGCUGUCUAA